AUGGGUGUCACCGUUCAACAUCACGUGGAGGGCACUGGCGCACAGCCCAGGCCAGAGCAGUAUGUGACCAUACAGUACACCGGAUUCCUCAAGGACGAAAAAGCGGACGAGAACAAGGGCAAGAAGUUCGACAGCUCUAUCGGCCGUGGGGACUUCAUCACCCAGAUCGGCGUUGGCCAGGUCAUCAAGGGAUGGGACGAGGGUGUCGUCCAGAUGAAGGUCGGCGGCAAGGCCACUCUUGACAUCACCAGUGACUAUGGCUACGGUGCCGCCGGUUUCACCGGACAUAUCCCCGCGAACGCGGACCUCAUCUUCGACGUCGAACUGAAGGACGUCUCGGACGACGACCCCCGCCGCCGCCGGUAG